UUUUUUCUCUUUCGCGUUGUUGGGUUGGAGGUUCCGACCAUCAAGUGCAUGCAGACGUAACUUGAGGAGUAUGCGAACGCAUUCUUUUUUGGGUUUUUAUACUUGGUCCGUCUGCAACUGAGAUGAUGGUGAUGAUGCGAGAAGUUGACGAUUUGUGGUGAGGUUGGUGUUGGUUAAGGACGAGGGAUUGUUGGGUGGGUUUUUUUGUGGCGGGUUGGGUCUGAACCACAUUGCGUGAGAUCAAAGAGAUUUAGGGUUUUUUUUCUCACUCAAUUGGGGUCUAGUGAUGAUGUGAUUGGUCUGGGAUUCGAGGAUUUCUGUCAUUCACCCUUGGGUAGAUACUUGGAGGAAACGCAUCUUUCAUUGAGUUGCAUGCCCAUUCAUGCUCUUGCCAGAGGGUUGCGGCUUUUUCACAGAACUUCGUUUAUCUGAAUCUGGAUUGUGAGUACUUAACCUUUGGAGCUUGCGGCCUGGACGGUGUUUGCCAGUCGGGAAGGAGACGGCGGAGUACAUUUUUUGGUGCAGGCCCUUUCUCUGAAUUUUCUAGCUGCCACAGAUGGACCUGGAUUGUGGAAAGCGUCAGAAUGGUUCGAUUCAUGCAUGCUCCCAGCGCUCAAUGGAAGAACACCUUCAGGAAACAAGCAUUGGAGAUGGUGACGCCCACCUGGUUGAGUUUUCCGAGGCCAUGCGAGCUGUUAAAAAGGCCCUUCGGCAGGUAUCUGAAAGUAAAGCUAGAGCUCUAGACGAAGCUGCUGAGUGGAGGCGGAAGUACGAGAUGGAACAUCUGAGGGCUGCUAUUUUGGAGCAGAAGCAGAAAAAGAGAGAGCAGUACAUAGACCAAUCACCUCCUGAUUCUUGGAGUCCAGCUGAACCGCUGGAUUCAGAGAAAUCGGACCCUGAGAAUGGCGAAGAAAGUCCAGUUGGUUCUGUGAAUGGAUGGUUGCCUCCUCAUAGCAAUUCUGAGUGUUGCAAGAGAGAAGGCAUCUGCACUCAACAAAUAUUGCGCAGUCACAGCGGUUCAACUAGCAACAUGUCGCUGUUGACUCGAGCACCACAAGCCGCAGAGAAGGCGUCGUUCAGAUUACAAUGGGGCUGUGCGGGCAAGAAGGAUUCAAGAAAUCACACGCAUGAUGUUGUGUCCUUCGAGUGUGGAAAUAUCACAACAGCUAGUCGGAGUAGCAAACAGAUAACGCUGGUGUGGAACUCUCCUCCUCAGUCGGUGUUUAUAUUGUGCAAGCCCAGUGCUUCAGACGUCACUGCCAUCUGCAAAGAGAUGAUCAGGUGGUUAAAGGAGGAAAAAGGAAUUGGAGUAUACGUAGAGCCUUCUAUGAAAAGGGAACUUUUGGAUGACAGUUCCUACUUCCGUUGCGUUCAAGCUUGUGAAACAGAGCAAGAAGUUCAUGAGGUUCAUACUAAAGUGGACUUGGUAAUUACGUUGGGCGGUGAUGGGACGGUACUCUGGGCUGCGAAUAUGUUCAAGGGUCCCGUGCCUCCUGUCGUAUCUUUCUCUAUGGGCUCUCUUGGUUUUAUGACACCAUUUCGAAGUGAUCGGUAUAAAGACUGUUUGCAAACAUUGAUAAAAGGCCCUGUGUAUAUUACUCUUCGUCAUCGACUUCAUUGUCAAAUUAUCCGGAACCCAGAAGCGGUGAAAGAAGGUGAUGAUCCGUGUGAAGAGACCCAUCUGGUGUUGAACGAGAUUGCUAUUGACCGAGGGAUGUCAUCGUUUCUUACAAAUCUGGAAUGCUACUGUGAUGACAUAUUCCUCACUAGCGUCCAAGGAGACGGCCUUAUUCUGUCGACUCCGUCGGGAAGCACUGCAUACUCUUUGGCUGCUGGUGGUUCUAUGGUUCACCCUCAGGUUCCAGGAAUUCUGUUCACACCAAUUUGUCCCCACUCGUUAUCUUUCAGGCCUCUGAUUUUGCCCGAGUAUGUGACAAUCAGAGUUCAGGUGCCCCGGAAUAGUAGGGGACAAGCUUGGGCAAGUUUUGAUGGAAAGGAUAGGCAACAGCUGAAUGAAGGUGAUGCACUGUUAUGUCACAUGUCUGCAUGGCCCGUUCCUGCAGCAUGUGAUAUUGAAUCAACCACAGAUUUUCUUCAAAGUGUUCGAGAUGGUUUGCACUGGAAUCUUCGGAAGCGGCAGGGAUCUGAAGGGCCUACAUCCAAUUAGUAUACUGUAAAAUAUGAUUCUUGUUUUCCUUGAAGAAUUCCCAUUGACUGGAGAUCGAGUAAGCUUCAUGAAUAUUAAAGAGAUUUUGUUCAAUUGCUAAUAAUAACAACUUGCAAACUAGGUCAACUAGUUCAUUGAAAUCUCUUUUUAUUGUGGUUGAAAGAUAGUAACUUGCCUAGAUUUAUUGUGUUUUGCAAAACCGUGAGGUGUAGCGAUAGUGUGCCAGGUCAAGUGCUUACUGUUGUAAAGUUUGAAUUGCUAGAAUUACAAUUGUCCAUAAUGUAUUGGUUAUAUUAUAAUUAAAAUUUUGAAUAUUUUUUAGAUGGAAAA